AGGAAAGAUCUCUUACGCUUUCUCCAAAAUGCAUAGAAAAAGGGAGGACUAGGGGAAGAAAUGAGUACAAGGGUAGUAACACUAUCAUAUAAAAAAAGAGAGGACCCCAGAAAAAUAAGGGAGGAAGGGACAACGACAGGUCGAGUCAUCGGAACUCGGAGGGGACCAUGCCCAAGAAAACGAAAGUCUCGGACGCACGUCGUAAGCUGGCGGAAAUAAAAAAGCGAACCGCAGAAUAUAAGGCAAGGUUUAUUGAAGAGAUGAUGGCAGGGAACGAAGGAGACCUUCUGGGGGAAGGGUCACGAGAAGAACGCAGGGCCAAUCAGGGCGAAGUCAAGCACGGAGGGAAGGACAAUAGCCAUAGGGGAACACCCGACAAGAAGGGAAAGGAAAAGGGGGACUCCCCGACCGUAGAAGUGGAAAAGGCUACGACCCCACCUGCUACAGAUAUUAGUGCUAUCCGUUUGCCCGCCAUACCGAAAGUAACCAAGGGGUGCGACGAACUUUGGAGUCUCAGAGAGAGGGUGUUAGGAUGGUUUGAUCCAGAGGGUACGCCAAAGGCCGGGGAAAAGCAGAGGGAUAGCAAGGAAGGAGACGGGACCAGUGCGGUCGGUGAAGCGGGGAGCUCUGAGGGGGGCCUCAAGAGGAUAGUAGCCACCCUUACUCGGGCGCUGAAUAAAAAUCAGGGAUAUCUUGCGGAUGCCAGGAAGAAACUUACUUUCGAUGGGGCAAAUAUAACGGAGUUCCUGAUAGACUACGAGAACCUGGCAGCCUUGCUGAAAUGGACUGAGGAGGAAAAGAUGGACCACUUAGGGCAGCAUGUGUCGCUAAGCUUAGGAAGGGAUAUUAUGACUAUUGUCGCCUCUAGUGGAUCUUGGAAAGAGACCUGGAACGAGAUGAUGAGGAAGUACCUCAAGGCUGAGAAAAUGGCAACAGAAGCCGAAUUGGCGGCAGUCCAAAGGAAGAACUAUGCGACUUACAACGACUUCCUAAGGGCGUUUACUCUAGUGGCACUACGAAUUCUCGGGGUAACGGACCGUAUAAUGAGUAAUGGACAGGAUAGGGUGAACAUCACCACCCGACGGGCAGGGGCGGAAAAGAAACUCAUCCGAGAUACGGAAAUGGAAGAGGUCGCGGGGACUAGCGCAAAUCAAGGUGAAACCGAAACCGAGGAGCUCGAGAAAGUCUACGGAAAGACAAGGGAAGAGGAACCGAUAGACAAAGCGGUGGCAGCAAGGAAAAAAUUCAGGUACCAGAUUCCGAUUCUGACUAUGCCAGAACUCGACGAUACACUUGGCAAACUGCUAGGUACCAUGGUAUCUGUAUCCUUUCAGACUAUGUUGCAAGCAAGCCCGAGAUUGCUUAAAGGACUCAGGCAAUUACUGACACGCCGACGCGUAGAGGUAGAGGAGGCCCCGAAACCACAGGAGCAGGAAACGGAGGAGGCUGAGGCACCGCAAGGGGUCUCCAAUCUCCAGAGAAUUCCAGGGGAUCUAGAGGAUCUGAAAAAGGCUUUUGCGGACAUCCGCCUAAGCCUACCGGACCAAGAAGGUGGUGAAGUCAUGAGGGCACCACCCGGGACGAAACUUAGCUUCCAUGCACUGCCCGUAGGAAAGCUGAAAGUCCAGAUCAGAACCCACCAUACAGACGCAUUAGUGGACAGAGGUGCGGAAAUUACCCUCAUACGACGAGACUUCGCAACAAUUAUGGGCUGCACAGUAAACAAGGAAGUGACGGGGAGUAUCCGAGGCACCGACGGGGAAAUUCUCUUCGCAGGAGGCGAAGAGGAGGAUGCUUGCGGUCGCAGGGGACACGACAUGAAGGAUCUACUCCAGCGAUUCCUGGUGUAUAACAUCACCGCAAGCGGACCAAAGAGCAUCCUGGCGGUCCCGGAAGUAACUAUACUGGGAUUUCGCUGUGGGGCUUAUGGAAGGAAACCUGACCCGGCAAAAACGGAUCAGAUCUCUCAAUGGCCAACACCACGGCGUACCACAACGGAAGUACGAGCCUUCCUAGGGGUGGUUGGAUUCUGGAGAAUCUUUAUUAAAGGCUUUGCCAAGAUAGCUGAGCCUAUCCGCGCAAUGAUUAGGGAAGGAAGGACCAUGGAGUGGACCGAGGAUAGGGAGGCGGUAGUCCUGACCCUCAAGGACAUCCUGUCCUCCGAUCAAGUCACUUUGGCGGCACCCUGCUUCAAUGACGAAGCAGGACGACCCUUUAUCUUGGAAACAGACGGAGGUCCAUUGACAGUAGGAGGGGUCCUGAUACAAAGGAGCGAGGAGGGUAAGGAGAGGCCUAUCAGAUUUGAGAGUAGGACCCUGAAUUCGGCAGAGCGGCGAUACUCACAGUUGAAGAAAGAGGUCUUAGCCAUUCUACAUUGCCUUAAGACCUUUCAGGCAUACCUAUUCGGAAGACGAUUUAUCCUGAGAAUCGAUCCGACCAAUGUCGUCGGGGCAUUAAGGAACUACAAGCCUAUAGACCCGACCGUUGGGAGAUGGAUAGGGUUUAUAUGGCAAUUCGACUACAAGGUCGGGCGAAUUGCGGGGCUCCGAAACAGGGCAGACGGGCUAAGUCGGGUUUGCAUUACGCCGGAGGGAGUAGAGGAUGUAGAGCCGAUCGAUGACUUCCUGGAAUACGAAGGGGGAACCCUUGUUGUAGAUAACGAGAUGGCGGGCGCCGCGCCUACGACAUCCCAGUUGCUGAUCCAUACCUUGGGAAAGGGCGCGCCUGCAGUAGUUGCGGAACUCAGGGAAGGACCAGUCACCACGAUUAGACGCAAAGAUGAGAAGGAUUCGUGGGGGGCAACGGUCGGGACGAAAGAGGAGGUGAUGACAAUGGCCGUUGAAGGGGGCCGAAAUGCUGUGAUGAAUCUAGCAGAAACAUGGACGCGAAGAGAGCGGCAGUAUCUAGUGAAUCAGGCUCAAGAGGAGCAAGAUACCAAGCAGGAAGGACAAUAAUUUUUCCUUGUGCAGAUGUAUGAUGACAUCUUUAGAGAAAUCGGUCUCUUGCUUAUAGGAAACAAGCAGCCUAUAGAAGUCAACCUCAAGGCAAGGGAGGAGGCAGAGAGGACCAGGGAAGAAGAGAACAGCCAGAAAAACAAAGAUGAAAUUUGGAA